UAUUACACAAAUUUUUAUCUAUGGUAACGCGUUUUCGAACAGAAUUUCGAGAUUCGAAUAUUGAUCAGCCGGCAAUUGUAAAAUUGAAAAAUUGUUUGGGUUUGGAGGAAUAUUUACUUUUAUUACUUAUUUCUAAUUUGCAUUUGCAAGUUGGAGAAAAUGGAGUUGAAAAUAAAAAUCAUUUGCUUCAUCGCUUUGCUUGUUUCACCUAUUGGCGCUGUAAAAGAAUUUAGUGAAUUUCAUGAGGAACUGUACAUACGUCCAACGUCAAGUGGACAUGUAAACACCUUUUUCCAGUUUACGACCCGUUGGCACUAUGGAGACAGAGAAAAUUUACACAAUACUCAACUCAUUCCCCGACCUAUUGCCGAAACAUUGCUUUUAUAUGACGUUAAGGAAUUACAUAUUGGCUUGACCCAAGGUCUUUGGCGGUAUGAAACCUUUGGUUAUCCUGUAGUGGAUUCUGCACCUGGCGCAGAGGUAAGGGCAUGGUUUGCAGCAGAAAACUUAACCUCCGCUGACGUUGACGAUCAAUGGACAAAGCUAGCCAGUACAUUUUCUGGUAUUUUGUGCGCCUCUCUUAAUUUCAUUGAUAAAACAAAUAGUGUGGAGCCGAAAUAUAGUUUUCGACCAACAUUUGCAACUGGUAGUAAAGUGAAUGUGCCACAAUUUGUACGAUAUGCCACAUUACCACGAGAAAUCGUGUGUACUGAAAAUUUAACACCUUGGAAAAAAUUAUUACCAUGUAAUAGUAAGCAAAGUUUCGCUUCUUUAUUAAACUCUGGUUAUGUACACAAUACAAACUACCAUUCUUUGGGUAUGAAAAUGCGUACAAUUUGUGAGUCACACAAUACCAAUUGCAUAUUGGAGUUCACCGAAACCGCCAAUAUGGUUUAUGAUCCAAAGUUACUGGGUGCUAAUGGCGAUUUUUCACUGCGACGUCUAUUUGGUCAAGGUUUAAAUGGACAUUGCGCAUUGGCAAAAAGCAGUAAAAUCUAUGUUAACUUAGAUGAUCAAUCUUAUGAUUUAACUCCAUUGCCAAUGUAUAACACAACAUCGAAGCGUGGCGGCAGUACAUCAACUUUCGGAGUAUAUGAUAUUCAGCGACUAGAUGGUGAUAAACUAUUCAAUAUAGCUUGGAUUAAAAGUAAAAACAACAAACCAAGCAUAUUAUUGACCCCACCACCACCAUUAUAUGCACAUCGCUACAUAUUGGGACAUGGGCAAGAGCGAGGUCAAAUUGUGACGCAAAUUACAAAUAAACAUUACCACGCUUUACCAAUUGUAUUCCAAGAAAAUAUACCAUGGUUUGUUCCAUCAUAUAUGCAUACACUUAAAUUAAUUGUACAACCGAGUAAUGGUGUGGAAUACCAAAUACAACCACGAGUUAUGCAUUACAUACCAGGCGUGCAAAGAGUACGCCCUUAUCAUUUAGAAUUGCUCUUCGAAAUUCCCGCAAUGAGUACAGUGCAAAUAUCAUUCGAUUUCGAUUACAUAUUCCUGAAAUGGCUGGAAUACCCACCCGAUGCAAAUCAUGGUCACUACCUAGGCUCCGCAAUAAUAACAACACAACUGCCAAUAGGUCGCAAUUACACUGCGAUUCCUAUUGAUAAACAUCUUUUUGUUGAUUCCUUCAAUGCAACACGUUCUUCGUAUUUCUUAGAAAUCCGUACGGAAUCAUUAAUUUUAUCACUGCCGACACCCGAUUUCAGUAUGCCCUACAACGUUAUUUGCUUAGCCUGCACCGUGGUAGCUUUAGCUUUUGGACCCAUACACAGCGUGGCGACUAAACGUAUUGUUAUCGAACAAAAGGAUGGACAACCACAAUCGCUGAAAGGCAAAGUAUUGCAAAAAUUGUUUAGACGAAAACAAAAUAAUGCCGGUAACAGCACCAAGGAGGUAGAGCAACAUGAGAAAUUGCUGUUUGGACAAGCGGCUGCUGAUAUCAGCAUACGAAAAAAUUGAGUGAAACGAUUUAUAAAUGCAUAUACAUAUGUGUGCUUAUAGUAUUAUAGCGGAAAACAUGGACUUUUUUUUUUUGAAUAUUAAUUUAUAUAAAAUAAAAUUUGAAAACGCUUGAUUCACCAAAAUAAUCAUUACAAUUGA